GGAGGCGGACAAUGAAACCGACCGAGUAACGUCAAGGGAAAGAAAUGGUUCCAUCGUGACUUAAAGAGCGCGCUAAAUUUCAUGUCAAAUCUAGAGUUGAAGGCGCAGACUACACCCAAAAAAUGCAUCAAAACAUGGAUUCUGCCAGUCGUCGUUCAAAUAUCAAGAUUGCGGUGGGAGCUGUGGUCUGCGAGGAGAGUACCUUGAAGGGGUACAUUACAAUCGGUUCUAGGACAGUGGUCCAUCCUCGAGCGAGUAUAAUUGCUGAAGCUGGUCCAAUAAUCAUAGGAGAAGGAAAUAUAAUUGAAGAGAUGGCUGUGAUAGCAAAUAGGCUACCACCUGAUGCGCCGGAGGGCGCCCCAACUUCUGCUAUGAUAAUCGGUAACUACAACGUAUUCGAAAUAGACAGCAAUUGCGAGGCACUCAAAGUCGGUGAUAAUAACAUUUUAGAAACUAAGGCUUCUGUUGGCAGAGAAGUAGAGUUGACAACCGGCUGUGUGAUAGGAGCAGCUUGUUCAUUGACGGAACCUGAAACAGUUGCUGAAAAUACAAUUAUAUUUGGUAGCCAAUGUCAGCGCCGAGAGAUGAACGACAAACCAUAUCCUCAAAUUGGGCAGCUUGAAUUCCUGAUGAAAGUAUUGCCAAAUUUUCAUCAUUUACGUAAACCCAAUAUGAAGAUUGUUAAGGAGCCUAUUAAUACUUGAAUAAUUUAUCAAACGAUCUGCACCCACGCUAACUUAAUUUAAUAUAAUUUUUAUCUAAUAUUUAUUCGAAUCAAGCUGAUACACAAGUUUUUUUUCUUUGUACGUAACGAGAUGCACAUUUAACAGUAAAAUAUUUCUGAUCUCAAUGGUUGAGAAAUACACGAGAAAACCACUAAAA